CCUUUAGAAAUCGGGCUCCUUCAUACGCACUCAAACGCGCAAGUCUAAAGCAACGCUCAUAUUCAGCCUAGGACAUCACUGCAGCUCCCGCUGUACUCCAUCCCAUCGUUAUACUCCGAGCCUACCAUUGCCCGAAGCCCAGCAGGACAGUCGCCACGUUGACUUCCCAAUAUGACUUUGAGAUCCAAUACAACCAAUCCCGUCCAUUAUAACAAUCGCAAGGGUGCCGGCGACAGCACCGUCAGCAACGACAUCAUGACGGGAAGUAACAACAAGAACAACAGCGCCAUCGCCAGCUCCCGCUCCGACCUCUCUGCCCUCGAGUCUGGCGCUACCCGUGGCUCCAGAAGCGGCAGCAGCACUACGCCAGAUGGAGUCGUCAAGUGGUGCUUUUGACGUGACUCCCGAUGAAAUUCCUGGCGCCACAACAAAUGCGCCAGGUCGACGUGGGCCUGUGAGAGGGGCUACGUCGUACUCACCUUCGCCGGACAAGCUUGGCCAGUUCGAUAAAGUGCACACCGACGGACAGGUCAAGAAGGAGGCCUGCAUGAAGAAUGGCAGGCCGAUGAGCGACGGAGCUCCUGCAUCCGCAAGGCAUGCGCCCGUCGUCAUCCAUGAAGCAAUCGCUUCCACUCCCUCACCCGCUUCACCGCCUGCCACGCCACCAUCCUCCAACCCCGCCUCUCCCUCGCUGUGCACCCGCGCGCCUUUGCCCGCGGCCACAGCAGCUGCCAGUCCAAGCACAGCGUUCGCCACAGCCGCAUGGGCAGUAUAUGACGAGCUCGGAGGCCAUGGUAGAGGCCGACAGCACCAUGCGGCAAGCGAAGCAGCUCGAGACAUCCUGCAUCGCGAUGAUCGCGCCAGACGAGCGAGCAGUGCCAGCAGCCAUAGCAGCAGCCGCAGUAGUAGCAGCCGCCACGACGAGCACAAACAGAAGAACCAGAACUACCUGACCGAGACGCUGCGUGGCGUCGCCAUCACAGCUGCACCCGCUACACAGCAAGCAAAAACAACCACAAAGCACACGAACCUGAGCAACCGGACGGAUGCCAGCGCCAGCGCUACGGCUGGGGUUGCGGGCCUCAUGCCCCCUACCCCGAACGCAACGCCGUCGAUCAUGUCGUCGGCCGACGAGAUCGUGCUAGACGUCAAGCACGACCCGGCGCGCGUGGCCCUGGCAUUCAUGCGCACCGUCUUCCCGCGCUUCAAGCUGGAGCGCGCCAACGAGCGGCUCGCACGGUUGCGCAAGUCCAAGUCGGCCUCUAUGUCUAGCUCCACUCGCAAGACAAUCGUCGUGGAGGAUGCGUCGGUCGAGCUCGUCUGCAAAGAUUGGCGCGGUGCCGUUCUCGCCGUCCCGCUUGUCUCCUCCGUCAGCGCUGCCGCCGGAGCUGAAGAUGAAGAUGAGACCGAAGUGGAGCGUGAUGAAGGGGAUGAAGAGGGAGAGGGAGAGAUGCGCCGUACACUAUACCUAUCUCUGCCGCCUACUGUUACUUCAUCUGCCGUCAAAAACAGCGCCGGCACUGAUGCUCCCUUCGCCUAUGCGCACAGCAACGAUGUUAGCAUGUCCUCCUCCACCUUGCCUCCCAGCAUCAUGUCCAGCCGCGCCAGUGCCAGCCACAGCCCCGCAAACAACGACGCGACACUGCCGCCGCACCUGCGCGAGUCGCUGCUCAGCGUGCUCGACCACGCCAGCGAGAAACUUGGUUGCGAAAAAGUCGUCAUAUGCGUCGAGCGCCACACGACGCGCGACUUCAAGAGCCUGCUGCAUGGCCUGUGCUACGUCGGCGGGCAGGUCGUCAGCUAUGGGCCUGGCACUGCUUCUGCCACUGCGACGGCGAGGGCAACGGGUGCGGGCGUAUCGAUAUCAAUGCGCUCCAAAGAGAGCCUGGUGUCGUCCACUGCCAUGGCGCGCUUCGGAUCGCCCACCAGCAGCAUGUCGAGCAACAGCAACUUCAGCGGCUCAGUCGAGGAAGGCACGACGCUUGUCGGCUCCUCUGGUUCUUCCGAAUGUGGCGACCUCGUGGGACGGGGCGACGGAGAGGGUGACGAAGACGCGGUAGGCGACGCCGUCAUCGUGUCGGAAGAGUCGGAGAAUGAACUGUCGACGAAGUGUCUGCCGGGCGUGGAAGGGCUCGUUCCUGCGAAAGGACUCGUGCUCGUUGCUGUUGAUCUGUAAAACACUCUCAAUGCUUUUCCCAUUUUGUACAUGUAGGAUUUCAAAUGUUAUGCGCAGCCUCUCGGAAAACAC